CAGUCAGCAGCAGCAGCAGCAGCAGCCAGUGACUUCCUUGUUUAAAAAUUACACGUAUUGUACUCAGAGCACCAUGGCAGCGCGAAUCUCCUUCUCCCAGUAUCGACUGGAGGCUGAAAUUGAAAGAUGCCGGGUCGAGUGCCAGUGGGAGAGGAUCCCAGAGCUGGUCCAGCAGGCGAACCUCGCCGGAAUACACGAGCACGAUGACUUCGGGAUCCUGCUGUUGGCUGAGUCCCUGCUGGAGGAGUGUCUCCUGGAGAACGCAGCCCAGCUCAGAGACUGCACUCCGUUAAUGGAAGAGAAGCUGCCCAAGCUGCGCCAAGCCAAGGCACACCUGAGCACCAUUCUGAACAGAGGCAAGCUGCAACCGAAGUACCUGAACGAAGCCAUGCUGGUUCUGGCUAAGCUGCACUAUGUCGAGGGCUCCCCGAGAGAUGCGCUCAGCAUGUACGCCCGAGUGGGACUGGAGAGCUUUGCCAUGGAGAACCAGCAGCUCUACCAGAGCAGACUGCUGGCCGAAGCUCUGCUCAUUAAAGGCCUGUCUAUGGAGCGCCAGCAUGUAUCUGCCGCCUCCCAGGCGCGCCUGUCAGAGAGGCAGGAGGAGGCCCUGUCCUGCUUUGAGAAGGCCUGCGACAUCACUCUGCUGUACCUGCAGGAGCUGGACAAGUCAGUAAACAGUCCCCACUCCAAGGGUGUGAAGAGCAGUGGCACAACGUCAGAGUUCAGUCCCGGUUUCUUCCUAGAGGUGGCGCUGCAGAACGCUUACGUCACGCACCUCAAGAAGGGCAACCUGGUCCGAGGGCAGAGGAGGCUGAGGAAAGUCCUGAGAGCUGUGGAGUCAAAGGGCACGCUGAACUUCAAAAAGACUGCAGCGAGGCAGCUGGUGGAGUUGCUGCUGCACACGAUCAGCGAGGACUGCUACUGGAGCCCUUCCGCCGAGCCCCCCCCAGAGCUGCAGGCGAAGGAGCCGCCGACCCCCGUCAGCUACACCCUGGACCGUGAGCCGGAGCAGUAUAGUGGAGACAAUCUGUUUUGCCCGCAAGAUAACAUAGAAGAGGCCCUGCUGCUCCUGCUGAUCAGCGAGUCAAUGGCAAACAGAGAUGCAGUCAUCAGCCGAGCCCCUGACCAGCUGGAGGACCGGGCGGUCAGUCUGGAAGACACCUCUCAGGUCUAUAACCUGCUGAGCAUAGCCAUGGCCAGGAGGGGGCAGUAUGGAAUGCUGUCUGAGUGUUUGGAGCGGGCCAUGAAGUUCUCCUUCGAUGAAUUCCACCUCUGGUACCAGCUGGCUCUUUCGCUGAUGGCUUGCGGACGGUCGGCGAGCGCAGUGUCUAUGCUCCGGGAGUGCUCUAAGCUGCGACCGACUGACCCCACCACCCCCCUCCUCGCUGCAAAGAUCUGCAUCGGACAGCUACAUUGGCUGGAGGAAGGAGAGGUCUUUUCCAGGAUGGUGGUUGAUAUGGCGGAGGAAGCUGGAGAAUUCCUGGCCAAGGGACACCUGGCUCUGGGACUCUGCUACAGCCUGCAGGCCUCGGAUGCUUCUCUUAAAGGUGAUCAGGAUAAACUAAACAGGAAGGCACUGGAGACUUUGAAGAGAGCCCACGAGCUGGACCCGGACGACCCUCGGAUAUGCCUGUACCUGUCUCUGCAGCUCGCUCUGGUUAGACAGAUCUCUGAUGCAAUGGCGCCCCUGAAGCAGGCCCUGAAGGUUGAGAAGGAUGACUUGCACUGCCUGCACCUGCUGGCCUUGCUCUUCACUGCACAGAAACACUACCAGCACGCCAUGGACCUCAUCAACAUGGCCAUCAGCGAGCACCCAGAGAACUUCAGCCUGCUGUUCACAAAGGUGAAGAUCGAAGCAGUUCUGCGAGGCCCUGAAGAGGCUUUGCUGACCUGCAGGGCAAUGCUGCAUCUGUGGCAGACCUCCUUCCACUCCUCGCAGUCCAGUGAAGGAGACGAGGGGAGCAGUGCGGACGAUUCCGCCCCUCUGAGCAGGAAACCCAGUGGGCUGCACCUCACCCUGCCAGACUUCCAGGACGCUGAGACUGGCUCUCAGCGUACCCCUUCCAUCGCAGCGUCGCGGCUGGAAAAGGCCAUGUCGGAGAUGUCAGACUACAGUGCCACCCAGAGGCAGGGGCCGGUGCAGGUGUGGACCACUCUGGAGCACAUCUGGUUGCAGGCUGCUGAGCUGUUCAUGGAGCAGCAGCAGCUGAAGGAGGCCUCGUUCUGUGUGCAGGAGGCGGGGGCGAUCUUCCCGGUGUCCCACAGCGUGCUGCUGAUGCGCGGCCGGCUGGCGGAGCUGAAGGGCAGCAUGGAGGAGGCCAAGCAGCUGUACGACGAAGCCCUGAGCAUCAACCCCCAGGGGGUGCGCAUCCUGCAGAGCCUGGGCCUGAUCCUGAACCGCAUGGGCCGGAGCAGCCUGGCGGAGAAGGUCCUGAGGGACGCUGUCCAGGCUCAGAACACAUCUCACGAGUCGUGGAGGUGCCUGGGGGAGGUGCUGCAGGAGCAGGGGAGGAGUGAGGCAGCGGCCCAGUGCUUCCUGACCGCCCUUGAACUAGAGUCCAGCAGCCCCAUCGUGCCCUUCACCAUCAUCCCCCGGGAGCUGUAGACCUGCUCACACCACAACGCACACAGCAACAUUUACUAAGCUUCUACUCCACGUACAAUAAAAAGUGAUGCAUUUACCAUCCAGGAGGAAUGGAGAGUGCAGGCUCCACCUUAGAACGA